AUGAUAGGAUCAGAACUGAUCACAUCAAAAACCGAUGGAUCUUUUAAAUCAUGGGAUAGCUCAUUUGAUCUUGUGAAUGUCCUUAAACAUGAGAUUCGGGAUGCACAAUUAAGUUUUAGAGGCAAAAAAGUGCUCGAGCUUGGCUGCGGAUACGGGCUUUCGGGAAUCUUCGCUUGCUUGAAGGGAGCUUCAGUUGUACACUUUCAAGAUUCAAAUGCCGAAAACAUAAGAACCACGACAAUCCCAAACGUUAUGGCAAAUUUACAGCAGGCGCGUGACAGACAAAUUCAACAGCCCGAAAGUUCACUUACUCCAUCGCGACAAUUUAUUUCUCCCGUGGUUAACUUUUACGCUGGAGAAUGGGAAGAACUUGCGACAGUUUUAUCUGUUAUAGAAAGUGAUUUACAAGAAUUACCGAAAACAACAAACGUUAGUUUCACAGAAGAGGAUUUCAUAGAUGGAUGUAGUAGUCAAGACGGUAGUAUAAUGGGACGAGAAAAUUCUUCAAGGCGGUCAACAAAGCUUUCGGGAAGCAGAGUUUGGGAGCGGGCUAGUGAAACGGAUCAAGGAGAAGGUGGAUACGAUAUUAUUUUGAUGACUGACGUUCCGUAUUCUGCAUCUUCUUUGAAAAAGCUGUAUGCUUUAAUUAAAAAGAUUCUUAAAAGGAUGACCGGCAGCCGGCCAGAGGGACUGGAUGACCGGCAGCCGGCGAUGGUGGAGGGUGGAGGAGGGUGA